AUGAGUCAUCAUCGAGCAUUAGAUUACGAUUAUCCUAAAAUUCGAUUUUUUAUUCAGGAGCAAGAAAUGAUCGAGUACGUUCUUAUCGACCAAAUUCAAGAAGCAUUCGAUCAAUUUAAUCGAUACUUAUACAGUACGUUAACUACGACAAUCAAAGACAAUCAAACGAAUGAUGAAUACUUAAUUCGAUUGUUCAAUGAAUUGCACGACCAUGUCGAUUUAUUCGAACAGAUGAACGAACAGUUUCUAGAUUUUCUUCAAUUUCAAAUCGAUUGGACGAAACAAUCCAAAGCUGUACUUGAUGCUUUUAGUCAUUUUCAAAUCACAGUGAUCUCCAGCAAUAUUAAACAUGCUGAACGGUAUCUCAGUUUUCUUUUCACACUCUUCACCGUACCCGAAAAUUCGAUCCACGAUUUCGCCCACGAUACGUUGCAACGUUUGAUGUUCACCGUUCCAUUAGCAUCUACUCUUCUAUGCCCGAUCGCCGAGCGGUAUUUUCCAUUUAUGACGAAAGAUAAACAUAUCCAAGUGCUAUAUGUUGAAAAUCUUCUCCGAUCAUUGAACUAUUUACCAAUCGAACGAUUGAAAUUUUUCGAAAUCAUUCUCACGAAAUUACUCCGAAUGGAUGUACACGCGUCCCGACAAGAUAUUCUUCGAACGGAAGAACGUCAUGUGGAAAAUGAGAUGGUGUUUACACUCGAGCAGAGUGACGAUCGUAUGAAACAUGAACAAGCUGACAAACUCGAUUGGCUGAUGUUUAUUUUAUUUGAAUAUAUCACGAAGGUUUCGCAUAAAGAUGUACAAACAAACGGAGUUAUUACUCAAAGAUUUCCUGAAUAUUUUUAA